AUUGAAUAUGACGCAGAACGACAACUCAGAAGACUAAAUACAGUACAAAAUAUUCCGAGUUUAUGUUCUGUAAAUGCUGAAAGUUGCCAGUUUGAAAAAUGUUGUGGAAUUAGAAUAUAAUUUCUAUAAAGAUUUGAAUCAGAAUACGGAAAAUCAAUUCGGUUUUUAAAAAUCUAAUCUUUUCUUUCAAGUAUAUUUUUGCUAAUUUGGACCUUGGGAGAGGUUUAUUCGUUGGACCACCAGUGAAAACUUUGAGCAUGGGCAACACUGUAGGAGGUAGGAACUGCAGAAUUGCAGAAUAGAGAAAAGCCAAGUUCCCAAGUUAGCGAAGACCCAACAGUGCAUAAGGAAUCCAAGGAAUUUAUUUGAAAAACCAUAAUUUUGUAAAAGUUGGCACAGGAAUUCCUUUUAUGUCUACUCAUCAAUAAUUUUUGUCACAAACGCAUGAUGGAAGACUUCUCUAAAAUGUCGCACAGCGAUAGCGAAAUCAGAGACGAUGUGAUGGAUAAGGUGCGCCGACUUAAAAAACAACUCCAUAUUGAGUUUAAAGCAAAAAGGAAACUCACAACCGCCGAGGAUAUACGGAAGUUCAAGCGCAAGAUUCAGCCUUUGUACAAUGAAAUUCGUUUAGUACAGGCAGUAAACUCCCACAAUACUGAAGAAGUUAAGAAGUUCCUUGAGUGUGGAGUCAGUGCAAACAGUACAGAUAAUGAGAAAAGAAGUGCUUUACAUGUAGCUGUAAGCAAAGGGUAUGCUGACAUAGUAGAGCUUCUGCUGCACCAUGGUGCUGAUCCAAACAAGAGAGAUAUCAUCCACAACACACCCUUACAUUUGGCAGCUUGCAUUCACAAUUUUGCAAUAAUUUCCAUGCUUAUCAAUGCAAAAGCAGAUGUAAGUUGUUUAGACUUGCAAGGAAGGAGUCCUUUCCAUUUGGCAUCCAGUAAGCUACAGAUUUUGCAGAAGGGAUGGAGAGAGGGGGCAAUUGAAAUGAUCAAGUUAAGGGAGGAGUUACAACAGGUUGUUGAUUUACUGAUGUCAGUAGUGAUGCGCGGAGUGGAAGAGAAAGUAGAAAAACUUCUCCAUUCAGAUAUAAAUGAACUGCAGAUGACAAAAAUGAAUUUGAACUCUGCCAAACCCGAAGAACUUGAUAAUCAAAUGUCCAAAUUAUUGAGUGACAUCGAGAAAUUCUCGAUCGCUUGAACAUGCGUGUGCGUGAUUACCUUUUUUUACAAAUCAAUUUGGUGAGUUUGACAUGGACCAGUGUGUAAAUGGGCAUUCAUAAGGACGUCGCUUAAUGUUUUAUGGAUUUUUUGACUGCUAAAUACAUCAUAUAACAGAAGGGUUUUUGGUAUGAUGAAGACAAAAAUUCGGAUAUAUAUAAGAAAGAAUGGUUGUCCAAAAGAGUGUGAUCAUAUUCUGACAUUCUAUGUUUGUGCAGACAACUUAAAAACUUUAGAAUGUAACACCUGAAAUUCAUCCUCUGGUUUUAAUGUUGAUAGGUAUCCAUUAUCUUCUUCAUCAGCAAAAAUAUUCAGUACAUAUUUGGUUUCAUAUGGCUAGGAUAUCAUGGACUUGUAUUUAACGGAGUAGUGUGUGGAAUGAAUGACACUAACAGUGUUGUUCAGUACAAAAGUGCUAUUUAAGUUAUUAUGAUUGAUAUGCUUAAUUUUUGAUAAAUCACAACAUUAAGUUGUAAACUGUGUUGAUAGCCUUUGCGAGGUUCUCAAAUAUGCAUUUAAAGUAUGUGCUUGAAACAAUUCUUUAUGCAUUUACUACCUUUGAAUUCUAGUAAAAUGUUUCAGGCCUUAUCCGUAUCUACCUUUUGCAUUUUACCUUAGCUCAUUUUUGAAUAUAGAUUCACAAAAUUAUCAUACCACAAAAACCCCUGUUCAUAAAAGUAACAUGCAUUGUGUAUCGCCAUUUAUGUAUAUCAUCCAUUGAAUAUCACUAAUCAGUGUGUUGCUCAAUGUUUGUACUGUGUAAAGAUCUCCAAAUAUAUUUAGAGAAAGGAUACUUGCUCAUUGAAUUGAAGACUGUACAUUUAGGUAAUUGGUUCUUUUUUACAAAAAGACUUGAACCGUGCAAUCCCCUCAAUAUUAUGUCUUUAUGAUAAUCAUAUACUUUAAUUCACCAUGGGAUGCAGAGAUGUAUUCGAAAACCAAAAGCCUGUAAAGAAACUGCUUAUAAACAGAUAUGUAAUUUUAAAUUUUUGUUAUCAUCACUGGAAGAUAUUUUUACAGUGUUAGGUUGAAAGAAUCAUUGUAAUUGUGCUUCAUAAGAAGAAGAAAAUUUCUCUGCAUGACACGAAGGAAGCUUAUUCCUCGUUAUAUUUAUCCAUUUUCGUUUCAUAUAUUUAUAAUCAUUGAGAUAUAAUCUAAAUUUUUUCAUGUAUUUUGUACAGUUUUGUAUGAAAUUGGGUGUACUGCCGCUAAACAGUGUCAUAAAUAUAUUUACAUGUAAUUUAAAUCUAUUAUAUGGACUAAUAUUUUUAGAGGUGGUCUGGAUACGCAAAAAUCGGAGACGAAUUCAAACAGAAUUCGGUUUUUGGUUUUUCAUCACCUCUUGUUUUUACUGCUAAUUGAAUUCGUAUAUAUAUUUACAUUUUCUUUUUGCUUGUGAUACUUUACAGUUUUCUAUUAUUUUUGAUUAGGAGUAUCAAUUUAUUUAUAGGUGAAAAAUUAUUGUUAGGUGAUACCAUUAAAAUCAGAUUGCUGUCUAGUCAAAUCUACAGAUUCAAACGAAUUUUUAGUUGUAAACUGUUUUCAUCUGAAACUUAGUUUUGACUAGACUUUCAAUCAGAAUUUUAGAUUUUCAAGGUAUUUUUGAAUAUAGGCCAUAGGGGAAGUACAGUUAUGUCCAAAAUGACAUAUUGUUUUACUAAUCAUCAAUAACUUUAAUAUUACUCAUAAUAGGAACAAUUUUUUUCUUACAACUUUGCUUAUAUUAGUGACUGCUAUUGCGUCUGAAGAAUCUGAUGAAGUAGAUGGUUUACAAGAACUAGUGGAUGGCUUUGAUGAAAUUCAGGGGCCUUAUUCUGUUCCUGGGCCAUAAUCUCGCCAGCCUCCGGUUCUAUUGGCAACGAUGGAAGGUUCUGAUCCUGGAUUGAGUCUGAGUUAUCAGCUGUGGAAGCUAUUGGCAUAUUUGUUGUAUCAGCUGGUUCAAAAAAGUGAUUUGGAAAUAUGUCUGGAUCAACUGGCCAUAGUCCAGUGUUUUUGAACUGAAGCAGUCUUUCCAUAAGCUUGAUUAAAUAAAUAUCUGAUCUGAAGAGCUGUCACCACUCUUCCUGGAUGAUUUCUAAGCCCGACAGAAAUCUCUUGGUUAAAAUAUGUCUUGAGCGGUCUAUAAAAGCACACAUCGAGAGGCUGCAUAUGAUGAGUGUAGUGUGGAAGAAGACGAACAAUUUCGAUUCCAUUCUACUUGGCAAAGUUCAAAGCUUCGAAUAACAUGGCUGGCAUGGCGAUCGACAAUAAAGAGGACUUUAUCAUUAUGACUAGCUUUUACAAAGCUUUGAAAAUGCUGGAGUCACUUCACGAAAAUUUCAGUGGUCAUCCACCCGCUUUCUUGAGCUACUCCUACCGUACCAGUUGGUGCUUCAUCCCCGAGCAGCUCGUUUUUCAUAUUUUUCCUUGCGAAAAUCAUUAAAGGAGUUACAUACGACCCAGCUGCAUUCAUGCAACACACAACUGUCGGAUUAGAUCCCCGCUCCGCGCUUGUAAUGGCAUCUACUUGCUUCCUGCCAGCGGUAGCCAGGAUCUUUUGAGGUCUUUGGACAGUAGACAGCCCCGCUUGGCACGGGUAUCACGUAACUUUAAAAGUGACAUUAUACCGAUUUUUUUUGACAUGUUGGUACUUUUUUGACAUUAUGUAGGUUUUUCUACAAGAUGUUAUCUUAGCACUUAGUUGUACGUGUUGCCUAAACGUCAUGAGGCUUGUUAUCAAUCUUCGGCUCUGAUGUGAUGUAAAAUCUGUUUCUGAGAUGGCAUUACUCGAGGUCUAAGCUGUAAGUUGUAUGUGUUGAUGAUAAUUGCAUUGGGAUCUUGUCUGAAAUACACUUAAAUGAGAUUCAAAGCUAGAAAUUAGUUGCGCAUCCACUUUUUCUUACCCAUUCUGGAAAUUACAUAUACAAAUUUGCUGAAUUUCGAAAAUGAGAGAGAUAAGAAAUAAUUAUAUUCACUGUACACUGUCGAAUUACAAGCCAUAUACAUGCUAACAGUAAUUACACACAACGCGGGCGCGGUGAUUUCCCGUAAUUCUCCUCAGUUUUUCGUAAUUAAUAACUUUGAACAUAACCUCUCUUCAGAAAUCACAACAUAUAAUUUUAUACACCUGCAGACCAAUACACAUAAUCAUCCAGAUGCGAUCUUGCUAUUCAACCAACUUUCUUAGAGAUAAAAACUACAGACCCGGAUCACCCAGCCUCACAAAGCUAUGCAACCAAUAAUGCUUAGUUCAGUCUGCAAGUUGACAUCUUAUAGUUUUUUUUUGACGUUUUCUGUUUUUUUUACAUGAUAUCCGUGCCGAUUCGUCCACAUUGUAGAUCCGGUUCGCGUUUAAUUUGUGUUUGUCUAUGUAUUCUUGAUAGUUAUCGAAAAUCUUUCUUACUUGAGGUCUAUUAAAAGCUUGGGCUCUGGCUGCGGAGGUAGGCUCCGGUUUUCGUAAAGAUAUGUCUUUAUGGCGUUUUAAAAAUCCAUCUAGCCACUCCUGGCCAGCUUUACCGUUAUCUUUAUUAAAACUGUGUGAAAAGCUAUUCUUUUCAGCCAAUCCGAAUGCGAGUUCUUGGACCAUUGUACGCGUUAAUCCAAACAUGCGAGUUUCAAGUAGCUUGAUGUGCUCAACCAAUUGUCUCUCAAUUUCAAGAGAAAAUGUUAGCUGAAAUCGGCCUAAACCUUUUGCUGGAGGUGCAACUGUUUUAUUUUGUUCCAAAGCAUGCCGCCUUAGUGUAGAUUGUGGCACUUUGAAGGUCUUAAGCCCGUAUCGUCAGUCGUCCCUACAAUUGUAGGGCGCGUUUAUGGCCUCCUUGAUUGUCAUACUCUUUUCUCUCCUUCAAAAAUUUCCAGAUUACACUCGUCCCGUGUCAGCGUCAGCGCUCUCCUAUUGUUAAGAUAUGUUUUCCUUUUAAAUUGUAGGAAAUUUCAGGCUGAUAAAACAUGAUAUAACUCUAAAGCAAGCACAAUUUGAUGCAAAUAGAUGUUUGUGACAUAACCUCAAAAUAGAGCGUUGACACGGAGAAGUAUAAAACUAUGACAAUCAAGGAGGCCAUAAACGUGCCCUACAAUUGUAGGGACGACUGACGAUACGGGCCUUAGAAGCCAGAAGCCAACCCAUUUUUUUUCUCUUUAACAGCUUCAAUAGCUUUUUUCGUCGCUUCUUGACUCCAUGACUGCCGAUUACUUGUCCUCUUAUAAUUUCGGGGCAUAUUGCCAUUCUGUAAAUUAAAAAGAUUUACUUAAAAAAUUUCUUACCACCAUCUCGACGCAAAAUGACAUGAAUCAAAUUCAAGCGGAUAACCAAAUGAAAAUGGUAUUUACCAUUUUGGAUUGGUAUUUACCGAUCCGUUCAAGCGAGUGUGGUUGUCAGUUUGGUUAUAAGAUCCGUGACGUCAUGAAUCAGUUGUGUCAUAGUUAUCACCGCAAAAUUGUGGUAUUUACCCAACUCAGGAGUAGUUUUAUAUUUCUGGUUAUUAUUUGACAUGUGACAAGUUAGAAUUUUGCCGGGUAUUGGAUAUCUUUAUGGUACUUCAGCUUCAUUUUUGGGAAACUUGAUACAGGCUGACUUCAGUUUUAGCAUAAGAGAGCACCUUAUUAGUUAUAAUCAUUACUGUUGUUGGGGACACUUUAAAUCUAGUUCCUACGCUUAACAAAGUAUCCUGUAUAGCCAUAUACCACAAGAAUAUUAAAAUAUGGCCAUAUAAACUCACUGGAUGAUGUCCACCUGUAUAAGGUUUUGUUAAUAUCUUUUCUUCAUCAUUUCUGCUAAAUCAAUAAAUAUUUUCUUUGACAUGCGGAAAAGAUUAGAGAAUUGAAAGUUAUCAUAGCUACAAAGCCAUGGUUCCAUCAGUAUAAAUUUUUUUCUGAAAAAAAAAAAACAUCCUCCCAUUAAUAUUAUGAAAGGUUUCUUUUUUUCAACUUGCCAUACCCCGUUGUAGACGAAAAAGCACCGAUUAUUAAGUGAUAUUAAAAAUAAUCAGAAAUUAUAUACGCGCUUUUCUAAAAUAAAUAACUUGAAAUAAACCGCGGUUAAAACCAACGCGUUCAAGCGAUUCGAGUAACUGACGUCAUCAUCCCGUGUCUCAUCUUGAACCAUAUUAUAACCGCGGUACAUAAUACGGAAAUUUUGGUUAUUCCCUUGGAUUUGAUUAUUAUGUCGUUUUGUCCAUAGUGGUUGUAUGUCAUUUUGUACAUAGCCUCAAAAAAUAUUACGAUUCGAAGAAUAAUCUUGUUGCAGUGACAAUAAUGUUUUAAAUUCUACGCGAUCACCUCAAACACAAAAUGCUUCGAAAUAUAAAAUUAUAGGACAGUAAAAUAACAAAAGAAAACUUAGCGAAAAACAAAUGACCACUAACAAAUUUCUUUCCAACCUCGAAACACAAAUGUCAACAUGGCGUCCGUUCUGUAUUUUAAACGGCUCUCAAAAGUCCAAUGGUAUAUUUCCGGUGUAGAUGCUUCUUGAUUGGCUAACUUUUGACAGUUUAUACCGCGCAGUUUUUUAAAUAUCACUAAUGUGUCGUUUUAUCCGCAUAUGUCAUUUUGGACGUAAUUCCCCUAUAUUCAAUUUUUUCGAAUUUUAGCCUACAUACAUGAGUCUUUAAUUGACAUUAUUAGUUUUAUCUGUGAGCUAAAAUAAAUAAUAUAAUCAAUUGUAA